AUGAGCCAACAUGGCGGUAUACUGGAGAAGACCAAAGCACCCCUGGCCUUAGCAGCGUAUGAGGAUGCCAGGCAGUUGGUCAGACUGUUGCAAUGCACGAGAUGCUCCAAGCCAUUCAGGAAUCCGGUCACGCUGCCUUGUGGCAACUCCUUAUGUCGAAAAUGCCUGCCGGAGGCCCACGAACGCGAGCACAUUUCAUAUCCAGACCUACCAGGACGACGUCAAGGAUUCGAGUGUCCAUUUGAAGACUGUGGGGCAGAACACCCUGCUUCUGAUUGCAACAUCGAUGUCACUUUAACAAAGCUUAUGGAGUCGAUAUCAGAGGUGAUCGCAAGGCACAGCUCCAUGAUUGAGACUGUGCCAGUCCUGCAGGAAGAAGAUGUGCGAUGGGACGAAGUUGUCAGUUCGCAGCCUUCCUCUGAGAAGCCACAGCAAUUGGACCACUCUGGCUCUCGACUAGUCGCCACCUUCUUGCUGGCUGCACAAGGGAAGCUGCAAUACAACGCCGAUGUGCUCUACCCUGACGACAUGGACACGGAUGGCGGCACGAAAGCGCUGGAAAUUAGCGUAUUGCGGGAACUUCUCGAAACGACUCAAAAAGAGGUUGACUGCCAAGUUUGCUACUCUCUCAUGCUCGAUCCAGUGACGACCUUCUGCGGGCAUACUUUAUGCCGUAAGUGUCUUGCCCGCGUACUGGAUCAUUCUUUGCAUUGUCCCGUCUGCAGGAGAGGACUAGCCAUACCGCCAUCGUUGAUGAGACAGCCGAGCAACAAGACACUCGUGGACCUGUUGAACGGUUUGUGUCCAGAUGUCGUCGCCGCGCGAGCUGAAGCAUCUCUGCUUGAGGAACGUGGCGCAGAAGGUGACCAGAACGUACCACUCUUCGUCUGUACCCUCGGAUUCCCUGAUCAGCCGACGUUCUUGAGGAUCUUUGAGCCGAGAUAUCGGCUGAUGCUUAGAAGAGCUCUAGAAACCAACCGACAAUUUGGCUUGCUGAUGUACAAUCGCUAUGGGGAGCCUCAAGAGGACCUCGGCACUGUCCACUUCUACAAGUACGGGACCAUGCUGGAAAUUAUUCACGCACAGCUGUUGGCCGACGGUACCAGUUUGAUAGAGACUCGUGGUCUCUUCCGCUUCCGCGUAAAGUCGCACGAUGUUCUGGACGGGUAUACUGUAGGCACAGUAGAACGCCUGGACGACUUCAAUCUAGCCGAAGAGGAACGCAUAGAGGCAGAAGAGACAUCACUGCCGGUCGAAGAAGACGAGGACCUCGCGGCUCAAAUCAACCACAUGUCCACACAGGAGUUGCUUCAUGUCGCCCAGGAGUUUGUCGAGAGGAUGCAGGCCAGAAGCGCGAACUGGCUUCAACAGCGAGUCCUCGACAUCCAUGGACAACCGCCGGACGAUGCUGCACUAUUUCCAUACUGGUUCGCUAGCGUCCUGCCAAUAUCGGAAGAGGAGAAAUACAAACUCCUAGGCACACGAACAGUGCGUGAACGACUGAAGAUCACCACUAUCUGGAUUCGUAGGAUCGAGUCACAAAGAUGGUACCAAUCGAAUUCGUGCCGAAUCUUGUAG